AUGGAUUUGCGGGAUCGCGACCGCACCUGGCUCCUUCAGUUGGACCGGGUUUUCAAGGAGGAAUCGGCAUCGAGUGGCUUCAAUGGUCAAAAAAAUAGUAAUUAUUUACAGAAAACUUUGAGUAACCUUCACCAUAGAAGAUUGAAAACGUGGUGGAACAAGAUGUUUCUUGAAAAUUAUAUAAGGAGAGGCCUAAUACCACGAGGUCUCCGGGUCCAAGUCUUUCCCUCAUUCCCUUUGAUAGAUGAAUCAUUCGUUACCCAUUGGGAGGAAGCAUGUACUACAGCAUCAUGUCGAUUUAUGGAGCUUCUGGUCAAUCACAAUAAGGAUACUUUGGACAGGAUUGAAACCGAGAUUGAACAGACAUAUACAUUACUUAAGAAUGAACUUAGUGUGGAGGAUCUGGAAAUAUUUAAUAAACAGAUGGAAAAACAGUUUGAGAUUUGGGAGAAGGAAAUAGCGGCAAUAAAGAGUAAGAAGCUGGCAAGGGAUAUGAAUGAUGUCCAGAUGAAACGUGUAUAUAAAUGGCAACGUCCGUCGGGAGACAGGGGACGACAGAGAUCUGCCUCUAUCUCCUCAUUAUCCUCGGCGGGUGAAAAUUCGGACAACCCACGCAGAUUACAUGGAUCUAAUCAACGACAUAAAAGAAAGAAGUCUGAGUUUGUCCCUCAAGCUAAGAAGCGGUCUGAGGCUCCUCCCACAACAAGCAGCACUCCUGCUGAUACCUUACAGGUAAUCAAUUUGUCUACUCAUGUUUUCUCUCCCCUUGAGAUAUCGGUUUUACAGAAAGGUUUAUCCUUUUCUCCUUCCACAGCUUUUGACAAAUUUACGGCAAUAAAGGAUUUGCAUCUAUUUGGACGCAAUCUUCUUUUUAAAAAAUGGCAUCACAAGACAGAUGAGUCAUUGGGCCUUACAUCCCCUGAGGAGAGACAAGCUCUUAAUGAUCUACAAGAUUUACUAUCUGAACAAGAGAUUCCAGCUGAAUAUGAGGCUAAUCUGAAGUCACUACUGGAUACAGCGGUUGAAUCAUCAGUGAUAUCAAGGAAACUGGCAGAUGCACUCCAGAUACCACAUCCGACAAUAUCGACUCUCUAUUUAUUGCCAAAGGUUCACAAGCACGCUUCUAGACCUCCAGGAAGGCCGAUCAUUUCGGGCACAGGAUUGAUGGCAUUCAAUUGGAACCAGACACUCUUCUUGUUACAUGUGAUGUGGAAUCGCUGUAUACUAGCAUCAACCAUACGGACGGAUUGUCGGCAUCAAGUUUCUUUUUAG